AUGGACGAGCUUGCCCUGAACGGCACGCUCGCCGGCGACGCCCUGGCCAACAUCACAGCCAACAUCACAGACAACUUGGCGGCCGGUAAUCUGACACCCAUAGCAGCAGCGCGGGCGGCCUUUUCCUUUUCGGACCCGUCAACCUUUGCACAGCUUCUGUAUGCCUACCGCCACAUGUUUAUCAUGGAGGCACGCAUCCUCGGCCUCGCUCUCGGUGUCAUCUACCUGGGCGCUCACGCCUCGCUGUCUCGGCCACACUCUGCGGCGCCUCGGGACGACGAGAGCGACAAGGCUGAGGGUGACGGCAAGGGCAAGACGAAGAAAAGGAAGCGCACGGCCGAUGUCGCCAAGGAGAGCAUCCAGCUAAAGGACGCGCUUCUGAUGCCUUUUUUCGCGGCCGCGGCUCUCAUCGGCUUCUACUACCUGAUCCAGUACAUGCAGGAUCCGGCGCUUCUCAACCGCAUACUGCGCGCAUACAUGUCGCUGAUCGCCGUGGCAAGCGUGGGUGCGUUCCUGGGCGGCGGCCUAAGCUUGGCCUCGUCUCUUGUCUUCCCCAACGUGUGGACAUCGCGCCGUGAUGGGCACUUGCACCGGGUGGACGGCAGCAAGCGCACGCAGUGGGUGCAGAAAGCGACAGCAUCGGACGCUCCCGGAGCAGCGAACGAUGCCAGUGCUUGGGAGCUGGAUCCGUCUCGGACGACGCCAUUCCCCGACAUGCUGGCGGCGCCCAUUUCUUGGCUUCCGGCAUCGUCCGCGGCUCGCGUGACAUCUGCCUCGUGGGCUUUCCGUCGCCUUGUUCGCGAAUCGUGGUCGAUCCAUGUGUCGUUGCGCGGCGUGGGCGAAGAGGAAAUCGAGGGCUUGACGAUUCACGCUCUCAUUGGCAUGGCACUGGCCGGCCUGACAGCGUACCUUUACUACUUCGUCGGGCUCUUCCCCUCGCUGCUGAACAACAUUAUGGGCCUCGGUAUGAGUUACUUGUCGCUGCAGCUGGUGUCGGGCACGUCGUUUGCAAUCGGCUCGACGGUGCUGAUCGGCCUCUUUGUGUACGAUGUCGUCAUGGUGUUCUACACGCCGUUCAUGGUGGCCGUGGCCACCCAAGUUGACGCUCCUAUCAAGAUCGUGGCCGGGUCGGGCCCGCAGACAGGCAUGUUGGGACUGGGUGACAUUGUGGUACCAGGCAUCUACAUGUGCCUGUGCCUUCGCUACGACCUGUACCGCCACUACGCACGGCAGAUCAAGCACGUGGACACGACUCUUACGGCGGUGGUGGCUAAUUUGGCGACGGACGAGGAUAAAGCGACUACUACAAAGACGAGCACGGCCACCCGCGAAGUGAAGCCCCAGUACAUUGAUCCCCAGGGCCGUUGGGGCGAUCGACUGUGGACAUCUGGCGCCGCCACGGCAGUAACAACGGCCGGACUGACGGCUGCGCGGUUUUCCAAGCCCUACUUUUACGUCUCAAUGGUCGCCUACGUCAUUGGACUGAUGGCGGCCAUGGCGGCCAUGCUUAUCACGCGCAAGGGACAGCCCGCGCUCUUCUACCUAGUCCCUGCGCUCCUUGUGGCAACGUGGGGCCGGGCGGCCGUGACGGGCGACCUGAAGGGGAUGUGGGCGUACACAGAGGACGACUCGCAGGACACCAAGGACGUGGUCGUCGAGGUGGAUGCGGAUGGAAAGCUGAUCAAGGCUGACGAGACGAGGGACGAAAAGAAGGACAAGAAGACGGAUGGCAAUGGCGACCAGAAGAAGAAGGAGAGCGAGAAUGAGAACGACAACGAGACCGGACGGGACAUCUUUGUGUUUGCCAUCCGUGCGCCACCUGAGUCGGACUUUUUCGAGAUGGACAUUUGA